UUAUAGAGGUGGCACUGGCACUAUAGGAGGUACUACGAGGGCAAGAAACAGUAGGUGCGAGCACGGAGAGUUCCUUCCUCCGUCAGCUGCGAGUGUCGGCGAAGGAGAGCGCACGAUGGGUGGCCUGACGGCGCAGCAGUUCUGCCUCAAGUGGAACCAGCACCAUGGCAGCCUGGUGUCCGUGUACGAAGAGCUGCGCAGCCGCGACGCCUUCGUCGACGUCACGCUGGUGUGCGAGGAAGGCGUGAGCAUGAAGGCGCACAAGCUGGUUCUCGCAGCGUGCAGCCCUUUCUUCGAGGCGCUGUUCGAGCGCAACCCAUGCGCGCACCCGGUGGUCAUCAUGAGUCAGACGCGCGAGGCCGACCUGCGCACGCUGCUCGAGUUCAUGUACCGCGGCGAGGUGAACGUCGCGCAAGAGCAGCUGCCCGCGCUGCUGCGCACCGCCGAGCUUUUCCAAGUGCGCGGCCUGGCCGAGGUGGCCGGCGAGAACCCCGCGGGCUCGGACGACGCGGCGGGAGGGGGAACACAGCAGCCGGCGGCAUGCAGCGGCGGCGUCAGGGCCGGCCGGCUGCCUAAGCGCAAACAACGGACACCGCCGCCGCGACACGACGAACCGAGUCCGGUGAGCGCCGAGGGACCAGACAGUCCCGAGCCAACGGCGCCGAAGGCGCGCUCGGCGGCCAAGCCGCCGGCGCCGGCAAGCCGACGAACGUUCGACCAUUCAUACUCGGACGACAAAACCAACUGGGUGCCGGCCGUGCACCAGCAGCCCGUGCUGCCCCCUCCCGCGGUGCCACCGGACACCGGGGACGACAACCCGCCCGUGUGCAGUGUGUGCUCGCGCGUGUUCUCCACCAAGGGCAACUUGAAGCGGCAUAUGCUCAUGCACCGGCCCUACCGGCACAAACACCAGUGCACGCUCUGCCUCAAAACGUUCAGCUGGCCCGGCUGACCUGCGCACGCACCUCCGCGUCGCCCACGGCCAGGGACGCCUGAAGCCCCGUCGGCUGCCCUACCUGUUCACUUAGCUGCGUCGCUCGGACGACGACACCGUGUGUCGAUACAGUGCCCCCCGGCACAGCGUGUCUGUGCUCGCUCGGUGUUUUACUGUGGUUGUGCAGGUUCUUAACCAAAGCAAAUACUUCUCGUUGAGGAACACCCCCGUGGCACAAGAACCGAUUAUCAACACAGUAGGUGCAACAGUUUAGGUAUUUGGAAACUCGACAAGCAAGCCAGAUUGAGCCGUCUGUGAUGAUGCAGCUGAGGGAAAUUUUUCGGUGAAACUAGUAAUGACAAAAUGUUCGUCCGCUUUAAUAAAGCGAGAAAUGCUUUCUUACAAACAACAGUACUCCAGUGUGCAUCUAAUUGGAAGCAUAUUGUCAUGUCAUAAGGCUCAGUUGCACGCAGUAAAAUAAGGCACACUCCACAUUACACUUCCCAACCCAUUGUUGUCGUGCUGUCUUUGUCAUUCCAAUUUCCACGACUGAGCUGCAGUGCUUUGCUAAGAAAUGGACUAAUCGUGCAAUCCGUCUUGUACACACAUACUCGGGAAAAGGCAUGCAAACAUCAAAAUGACAGGCGACAAUAGAGCUUUGAAUUUUGAACCAUAUUCUCCACGAUGAGUGAAGCGUGACGUUGCUCAGACCAUUCUAUUUGCACGAGCAAAUUAAUGAGUAGUUUGACAGCCCGAAGAGCGUCACUGUUAGGACGCAUGACUUUGGCUAAGGUCGUCAUAUCGCAGCUAAGGUCGUAAAGAGAAAAAACAUUUUUCAGUUAUUCAGUCAAGAAAACACUACUCUUACUGCGAGACAACGCUUGGUAAGUAAGAAAAUGCAGGUGGAGAUGCCACCUUGAGAUUGCUGACACGUGACAGUCUCUACUGAGUCCUGCAUAGUUUCUAAAUGAAGUACAUAAUCAUAAUAAGUAUGUGCCAUAUACUUGACAUACGAAGUUUCAGAAAGUCUCAUCGAGUGUAGGUCGUGAAAAAUACAUGUAGAAGCUAGUGGCGUCUUGCGUGGAGAUCUUGACGUGAAAUUUUAAAAUGCAAGUUGAACCUUAAUUCUCUCUUCUAAUAAUAAAUUUACGAUAGUGAAACUGGUGACAGGGUUCUCAGAGUUAUCAAUCAAGUCUGUUUUGUCCCACCGAAAAAAAAAUCGCACCAUGGUUGGACUACAGGGAAGUGUGACAUGACCCUCUAGCCUAGCCGUGCUUUCUCAUAGAGCGGGAUUAAGUGGGUGCUCAAGUGAGGGUUGCAGAGCUAUUUUUAAUAUGAGUGAUGCUUGGCUUAAGGUCUCUGGACAACUUGUGCAUGUGCAGAAUGGCACUUUUCCUUUUGGAAGCACACAGAAUAGGAAAGCUUGCAGCCAGUCCUUCUUUAGCUGCUUUCCAGAGAACUGAGGAACAGCAAUGAUUCAGCCUGUCGCACUGACUUCUUAGGUUGUGCAAAUAUAACCAUCUAAAAAAAUUGUAGAUUCAUGCAAUGCAGAAGUAACAUAAGUUUCUAGAAAAAGCAGGCAGUCACCUAAGAUAGUGACGGCAGAUACAGCAAGUGGACAGAUGUGCUACAUGGUCAUACCAUCCUUUGUACUCUCGUCUUGAUGUUUCUCGCAUAUGUACUGGUCGUUAAAAAAAAGCUUCCAAGAGUUGCUCUUGGUUAAAAAAAUCUCGCUAGCUGUGUACAACCUAGCAAUUCUGAAAGUGCUGUUUGGGGCAUCACAUUAAAUUGCAAAAAUUGCCUAUUCAAAUUUGUUGACUUCUAGAGGUUGAAUAAAAUAGAACUUAUG